AGAAUAAAAAAUAGGUGAAUAAUAAUAAAGCACUGAAAAUAAAAAUGAUGAAAAGUGAAUAUUCAGUCACUGAGUCACGUUCUCUGCCAAAUUGAAACUGAUUGAUAAUACGUACGACACACUCGGAUUCAUUCAAAUUCAACAACUCGAAGCGAAGCUGUUGAGCGAGGUGCUGAUGGAACUUGAAUCCAAUAAUCAACCCAAGCAAGAGCGUUCAAGGACAAGAUGGACAGCAUCACUUGACAAGAUAUUUGCAGACUUGGUUGUUAAGCAGAUUCAACUGGGGAAUAGACAAAACGAUACUUUUGACAAGAAAACGUGGAAUCACAUCCGUGAUGAGUUUAAUAGGAAAACAGACCUUAAUUUCAAUAACAAUCAAUUGAGGAAGCAUCUUGAUGUUCUUCGGACGCGCUUCUAUAAUUUGAAAUCUACUAAUGAUCAAAGUAAUGGCUAUGUAAUAGAUGAUCCCCUUUACAUUGGCCUUGAACAGUGGGAAGACAUAGGGGCACAGCCUAGGAAUGAAACAGUUAAAGGGAAAGAUUGUCCGAUAUAUGAGCAACUCUGCGCAAUAUUCACAGACUUGCCCGCUGAUGGGAAAUACGCUCAAUCUAGUCACUAUGGAGAGUUAGAUAAAUCUUUCGGUAUCAAUGCUGCUUACUUGACUUCAUAUCCAGAAAUUGGGGUCUCUCAUGAAAAUCCAUCAUCAUCAAAAUCCAUUCCAAGGAAUAUCUCAACAGUUGAGAAAGUGACCAAGAAUACUCUUGAUAGGAAAAGGAAACGUCCUAAUGAGACACAAACUACUAGUCUAGAUCAAGACACAUGCAAUGCUAUGGCAGAAGCCAUGUUAGAGAUGAUUUCUGCGUCGAGGUUAAGAGCAGUUGUUUCGAGUGUAAGUGAUGAUAAAUUUUCCAUAACAAACUGCAUCAAGGCUCUGGAUGAAAUAAAAGGCAUCGAUCAAAAUCUUUACUUUUCUGCAUUGGACCUCUUUGAGAAUCCUAGUUUCAGAGAGACAUUCAUUUCUUUAAAAAGUGUCAAGAUAAGGUUGACAUGGUUGCAAGGAAAGUGCAGUAAAAGUUCCUUCCGUUAGUAUAGGUUUAAGCCAUUUUGAAGUUGGCUUCAUUGACUUAGGCUAUGGACUUAGCAUACCCUUCUUUUUGUUUUGCUGUAAGUAAUUUUGUUUUAGCUCUUGCAACCUUUCUAAACUGUUCAAGUGCCAUUUGAUCUGAACAUGAUUCCUAUAGUUAUUUCUCUAGAUAUGAUUUUGAUGAUCCAUUUUAUCUACACUUAUCUUUGAUACCUAUUAGUUAAAUGUAAACAAAUGAUAUCCUUUGCAAAUUUUAUUGCCAUGUUAAUGAUUUAUGACUCAAACCAUUUUAUAUUGAA